AUGCAGAGCAUUAAGAACAAGAGCAUAAAUGCUAAUUUCAUAAAGCUGGAUCAAAUGCUAACCAAAGAACUACCUUAGCUAAAAGCAAAGGUCGGAGAGUAACCUCGCCAUAAAUCGUCUUUAUCGCAAGGUAGAAGCGAUGGUAGAAUAAGCGCAAGAAUAAGACAUGAUUCAGACAACUCUCAGACUAUUAGUGCUUAGACCAGCAUCAGGUACCCAAGUCCAUUUCAAUCUCCAGACAAGCAGAGACUUAAACUUGAACCACCACAGUCAAAAAGAGAGAGUAGAGCUAUACUGAUAAAAACAGUUCGUAAAAGCUCAUCAAAUCAAUAACUGAACAGCAAAAAGAAAAACCAAAAACAGGUAAAAGGCAAGAAAGGUAGUCCUAGAAGGUAGUCACCAAGAUAGCUCUCAGCUGCAGAGAUGUUUCCUUAGUACUAUCCCCAAAAAAGAUAUGAUCCGAUAACUGGAAUACUUUUGAAACCAAAGAGAAGGUCUUUUAAAUCAAACAAAGGAGAACUGAAGAUCCAGGAUUUGGAGGACAGAGCAAGCAUCAUUCAAAAUUUGAAGAAAACAGAGCUUAGCUCAGAAUCUAAAAAGCACUAGCCUAUUGUUUCUCUAAAUGCCAAGUUCUUGCAUUAAUUGAUGACCAAAACUGGUGCAGUUCAACCAGCUGCUUCAAGUGUUUUAGUACAGAGUUCAGCAAAUCCAGCUAAUCAUUUAUAUAAGACAAUACCCUAUUCCAGCCAGCACUAUAGAACUUCAUAGCAACAGCAUUAGCAGCAAAUACCAAGCACGCAUUCUUAGUCAGAUUUCCAUGCGUCAGAGAAGUUUAAGACUCAGUCAAUGAUAAACAACUUCCAGGCGAUGCAAGACAAGUUAAAGAUAUCGCUAAACGGCUUCAAAGACAGACUAAAUCUGAGUAAUAACUCUAGAGAGCUUCUUAAGAAUAAUAAAAAUCUUACUAACUCGAUGCAUAACUUAGCAGUCAGAAGCAGCAAGAAUGAAAACAGUGUGAAGUUUGCCUUUUCUCCUUAGGGAAGAAAACUUGCCACUGAUAAUAGCUAAAAUUCGUUGCAGAUUACAGACCUCAAAGAUUCUAAGAAUAUGAUGUCUACUUAGCAAGACUCGCGAUCAAUUGCUUAAUCAAGUAAAAUGCAGCAGAGACCUAUGUCUGCUAAUGUAGGGAUUAAAAAGGCAUCUAGCCAGCCCAGACUUCAAAGUGCUCUAUAAAGAGUGCAAAGUGGCGCUUUAAAUCAUAAUAACAAGCAGCAAAUUGAUUCAAUAUCUAACAAGGACAUCCGAAAUGCUAUGCAGAGACCUAUGACUGCCUCAUUAAACAAUCAACAUAAGCAAAAAAUAGGAUAGAUGGUUAAGCAAGAGACAAGAACCAGAUCAAUUUAAGGAGGAUUCGGCAGUCACACAUAAAACGAUAACAUCUCAAUGUUCGAUGAAAAUGGAAUGAAUAACAGUUUUAAUGCACCAACUUAGUCAGUCAUUGUGAGUUUACUCUAACUGCCCACUGCCCAGAGAUUAAAGCUUCAACAGUAUGCCAGGAAAUCAGUGAAUCAGUUUAACAUUGCAACUAAAGGAGAUGAAACUCAGUAUAUUUGCACUUUCAGUCCUCAAGAAAUAAGAAUGAUCUUUGAUGCCAGAAAUUUAGAUCUAGGGUUGCCUUACAAGGAUUAUCAGUUUGAGAAAUUCAAGGAAAAUGUUGAAAAGUUCUGCAUUAACAGGAGAGUAGACUUAUCUGAUAUGGGGCUUGGAGUCAACUUUUCAAAUGUAAUGGCUCAUUUCCUCAGAUAAGGCAAGGAAUUCUCGCAUCUAGACCUCAGCAGGAAUAAACUUAGGGACGAUGGAGUGAAGAUACUCUCAAAGUAUCUAGUAGCCAACAGAUCUAUCAUUCAUCUAGACCUAUCUCAGAAUGAAAUUACUCAUAAGGGCUCAUAAGAAUUGUUCCUGUAGCUUGCUUCAAAUGUCUCAAUUAUAUCGCUUGAUGUUGGCUCUUAUGACGGUCAAGGAAGAAAUAGAAUCGGGAGUAAGGGCUUAAUAAAGCUGCAACAACUCCUUAUUAUGCCAAAUACUAUGCUUUCACAUAUAUUUCUUGCCGGCAACUAUAUUGGUAACCAGGGUCUUCAGCUCCUAGCUAGUGGACUUAAGACUAAUGACAGAGUAAUGGCUUUGGAUUUAAGUAACAAUGAAAUCACUGGAUGCUAAGGUGCAGAUGGAUUAUAUGAAAUUCUUACCAAUGAGUCCAACUAGAUCCUUGAGUUAAUUAUUUCUAAGAAUCCUCUUGGCAACAAUGGGGUUGAAAAAUUCUCAGGGGCCCUAAGGCAUGAUAAAUGCAAACUUAGUUGCCUGAUAAUGACCUAGUGCGAUUUCAAUUAGCUUGGAGCAAGACUGCUUUAUUUGGCAGUGAGGAUUUGCCACAGUCUGUAGACAUUUGUGAUUGAUAAAAAUAAACUGAAUGGGCCAAGUGUAAGUGUGAUCCAAUAAAUGCUUUGGAUAAACACUUCAAUAAGAUCUCUAAGUAUGGCUUAUUGUCUGCUUAGAGAUGAUGGCUUAACUGCAAUAUGUGAUGGGCUUGAAAGAAAUUAAUCGAUCUAGACUUUGAUCUUAAAUAACAAUCAGAUCACAGAUGCUUCAAUAAAGAACCUCUCAAAGAGAAUAAAAUCAAGUAAACUCUAUCUAAAAGUGCUGGACUUGAGUUAUAACUAUAUAACAAAUAAAAGUGGAGUUGGCUUGAUGGAAAGCUUAGCAAGAAAUGACAGCAUACAAACCUUGAUCAUAAAUAACAACUCUUUGGCUGAUGAGUCAGCUUAAGAACUAAUUCAAACCCUAAAGAAGAACAAAAACAUCAGGAAGCUAUCUCUGAAUCAUAACGGAAUCAAUCUACGAUUCAUAGAGGAAAUAGCAGAAUUAGUAAAUAAAAAUGAACUGCUAGCAGUGGAGAGGGUCCUACCUGAUUUUCAAUCAGAAAUUUAAUUGAUGUAUAACGAUCUUAGAGAGUUUGAUUAAACCACCAAAGAUCUAAUGAAUGUUUUCAUCAAUAAGGCAGCAACUAUCAAUAGAGUAAAGACUAAGGAACAAGAGUACGAGAUUGAGAAGAAAACGAAUGAAAAGAAAUAUCAGCAUCUGCAACUUGAGUACUAGGGGUUGCAGUAGAAAUUCAGAAACAUUGAAAAUAUGAAUGAAGAAUUCGAUAGAAGGGAGAGGGAUAAAGAACGGUACUUUGAAAACAAGGAGCGAGAACUCAAGGUUUUCAUUAAUAACACAAUAAAGGACAGUAAAAACAUAGAGGAGGAUAUUGAUUACUACAAGAACGAGCUGCACGUAAAGAGAGAAAACUAUACUUUGCGAAAGGGAGACCUUGAAAAUGAGUUGGCUGAGAUACUUAAGAGACAGGAAAUGGAGAGAAGAAGUUAUUUUACACUAUAGGGCGCUUUAGAUUCAUUGAAGAAAGAUUAAGAGACAGCGAAAAAUCUGAAUACAGUUACAAGCAAGAAGAGUGAUGCCAAUUUAGAAUAGUAGCUAAUCAGAAGGUAAUCUUUAGUAAGGCAAAAUGUCAAUCAGAACGCGCUGAGCACUGAAUAGAGUGAGGAUAAACGGUCUUUAUCAGCAAAUAAAUUAGAUCAGCCUAAAAAGCUGAAAGUAAAGUCUAAAAAGAAGUAGAAUAAGAAAUGA